AGUAUGUGUAGUAAUGGGAUUCAUCACACGAAUGUAUGGUCGUAAAGAUGUUGCCUUUGUACAAUACAAGGCCCUCUACAAUAUCUGAUGCUUCUGACCUACCACCUCAAUAUUUGUUUGUUAUAUGGAGUGGAUUUUUUCUUUCUUAAGUAAUCUUUUAGUGUAUUAAUAUUUUGUUUGAAAAGUAUAUACACUUGAGACAAAAGGGAAAGCGAAGAGCAGGCUGGCAGCUGCCACCGCAUGGGGCACAACACCUGCCUACUCGUGAGCAAGUGGUCACAAAAUGUUGUAAUUUUGAAGCCCAGAAGAGUUUCUUGUCAUUCUUAUCUAGUUUAGUCUGAUAUGACAGAUUUGCAUGCACCUCUGCUGGCCUUUCGGGACGUUCAUUUGUUCUCUUAAUCGACUAGGCCUACAGGAGCAUUUUCCUCCACUUUCCUCUUGAGCGCAUUGUACUGUGGCCUGUAUAAAGAAUGUAGAUUGUUUGUUAAAACUUUCAAGGCCACUUUGAAAAACAUGAUUUUAGGGCGCUUAAAAGACACACACAGAGUGCUCGUGUGUCUGUGUGUUUCUCCCCUGCGUGUCUUUCGAGCGCCCUAGAAUCAUGUUUUCGAAAUGGCACCAACUUGCCCAAGAAGUUUUAUUAAAGGGCCCCUCACCAGGCUUCAUAGCAAAUUUUUGUUAUACAGUGGAAGUUGUUACGUGUCCUCUAGGGAGAGUUCUGCCGCAAAUAUUCUUCAAAUCGGCUCAUUGAUAGCCGAGAUAGAAAUAGUUCAGUGCCGCGAACACGUAAUUUCAACAGGCGGGCUCCACUGCAGAGCGAGACUCUCUCUCCACUCGCCCGGUCUAGCCUCCGCGAACGAAAUUCCUUUCCUGCGUUCUCCCAUACAGGACCUCGAGGAUCGCGUGACGCAUACGUCAUGGGCCCCGCAAUCAUUUUUUUUUUGCUUUCUUUUUUUUUUUUUGACCGCGUUGCGCGCGAGCUAAUUGUGAUGUCUCGUUUCGCGCAGCGCGCGCUUUUGCGCGCUGUGCACAAGCACACAUGACUAGCGGAUAAUUCAGUGCUGCACGAAUACUGAGGCAGAACAAGCGGAUCGCAGAGCGUGAUCACGCGCUGGAACACGGUGGAAAAUGACAGUUUCUGUACCUGCGCACGUCACUGCACGACCGCGGGAACAAGCAGACGAAGCGGAAGUACAUCUCUAGCUUCGGUGCGAAGUAAAACAAAAAACACGCAGACAUUUCAUUUGUGUGUUUUAUUAUUUCUCUAAACUUCAAUUCAAGCAACAGACCACACAAAUAAUAGAUGUUGCCUUCAAUAAUUCUCGAAGUCACGUGUCACCACGAGCGACGUCACACUGCGGACACGACUACGUCACCGUCCGGCUUGGAGCGCGGCGGCCGCGUGGAGAAGGAAAAACGGCGUUCGGUUUGAAAUUUCAUUUCUUUCCGCGGCGCCUAGCGAUGUAAUACUUUGCAGACACGAUCGUUGGCGCGCAUUGUAUGCUCUGCGCUUGUGAGCUCUAAAUGGCCAGACCUGUUGAGGUGCCCUUUAAGUUAUAUUUGAAGGCCACUGUGUGAGUCACAGGACCUGUAGAGUGACUGGUGCUCUGGAGUUGAGGAUGAACAGUACUUACUCUCUUUCAUGUUGAAUCGCUGGAACUUUCAGAGAAGUUUGGCAGAUGCCCUUGUAGCUGUCACAUGGGCAUCUGCUACAGGUCUAGUCUAGUUUGCAAUGACUGAAACCUUUAAGACUGCAAUGUGUACAGCCCAAUGGCUGAAUGCGACCUCCGGUUUAGGAACUGCAUACUCUGAAAACAUGCGUAUUUUAAGUGUGUGCUCUUGAAGCUUUGGCCAUGUCUCCCAUUGUGUCCGUGGAUUCCUCAGGGGCGAUUUUGCAAGAGCAGGAAGUGGACCCUACUUCGCUGUUGCUGUGUUGGGGAAGGGUAAAGUGAAGUGCAGCCGUGCAUUCGCAAUCUUCCAGGGCCCAAAGUGUCGAUGGGCGCACGCUGUUGCCGUGCUGCUUGGCACCUUGCUCGCACAACUGCGCCUCGCUAUGCCCGGGUAGGGUGGAGUGGAGAGGAUGAGUCUGGAGGGAAGGACGCGUGGCAAAAACAGACAUAAAACGGGCACAGAAGAAGACGGCUUGCCGCAGUUAUUUUGGGCUACUCGGGGAACCAAGGCUCGCCGGCAUGGCCCGGGUCUUGGGGCGAGACUUUCGUCCUUUCCUCCUCGCCGCCGGUGCACGCGCUAGCCUUCACUUCGGAAGGCCGCCGAUGUGCGAAGAAAGGAGGGAGCAUCAUGAUCAUGGCGACUUCCGCUGGUUCUCGGUCGACUUCUGCAGCUGCUUCGUUUGUCCUGAGGAUCCCAUCCCAUCAUAUCCAGAAAUUCCGGAUAAGCCCCUGACCAGGCGUACGUUGUCCACUACAGAUGCGCUAGGCGUUGAGCUUGGCGAAAGGUCGCGAUGGAGUACGCCGUCGAGGGCGAGUUCCUGCGGGAACGGUCUCCACAACCGCACGAUGAUGACGACGACGCCGAGAGCGAAGACCCGCGAGCGUUCAUCGGCUUCUGGCCUCGGGCGCUGGUCGACAGCGAGGCCCCGGACUUGGAGCAGGGACCUUGGGCGUCACUGCCAGACGUCCUCCUGGAGACCGUCUACAGCAUGGUUCCUAUCGCCGACCGGUACGCCAUGUCGCAGGUUUGCCGGAACUGGUACCGAGUCUUCUACUCGCCCCGGGUCUGGUCCGUGUUCGUGCUCGACGACCGAACCAUGACGCGGCGCAAGUUCAACUAUUACAUGGGCUACCAGCAUCUGCUCGACCACUACCGGACGCAGAUCUGCGUGCACAAGAUCGGCCGCCACAUCCGGCACCUGCUAAUUCCCGCCAUGUCCAACUUCUUCAACCUGUACGAGUUUAUGGUCAUCAUGGCCUACUUCGGCGAGCGGAAUAAUGCGCUGGGACACCUGCGGCGAUUUGACUUCACCUUCGGCUGCCACCUACUCGGCAACAACUCGGACGGCCAGAGGCACCAGGACAGCGUGUUCGGCACCGGAGGCAAGCUGCUCGAGUCGCUCAAGCGUCUCAUGUGCUGUUUCACGGGGCUGCGUCACCUGGCCCUCACAGACUUGCUCUUGGAGCCACACGAGGCCAAGUUCCUCCUCGACGACGUGGCCGAGACAUGCAUGACGACGCUUCGGACGCUGCGGCUCAUCAACUGUUCCAAGGAGCCGUACCCGUUCCUGCACGCCGGGGUGUUCCUCAACCUGACCGCGCUAUACAUCUCGCCGCAGCACCUGGACGACGACCUGGCUACGCUGCUCAGCUACACAUCUCUGCGAGACCUGCACCUGAUCCAGACCACGUACACGGAGUUAGGGCUCCGCGUGUCGCCCCGGGUAUGGCGAGAGUGCCGGAGGGCGGCGCCCAGGCUCAGGGUACAUCUCUCCGUCGAGGGCACUGUAGCCAAAGAGAUAAUAUGGCAAGAGUAUGCGCCGGUGCAUUCUAUAAUCUACAAGACUGCUUAUAACCAAGUGGGGCCAGAGUCUGCGCUUACGGCAGCCACCUACUACCCCGAGGACCUGAGGACCUACGCAUUUCUUGGGUUGCCCAGAUUCCACAUGGCCAAGCGCUUCGUGGAUAGACCAGAUUCCGCGCUGGUCUUGCUGUGCCGGUCGUGCCGCCGACUGGAGACACUUGUUAUUCGGGAGCGCAUUUCGACGGCCACCGUGCUUCUGCUGGCUUACCACGGCCGCUCGCUGAGGCGGUUCGUUGUGCGCGGUAACGCCGUCAUCAAGAAGUGCGACUGGCCUCGCAACCCGGAGUGGAGCGAAGAGUUCUACGCCUGGCUUCGACACACGGCGCAAUCGUACGACGCAGUCUGCCAAGAAGUGUCGCAGAUUCUUGGCUUUGCCUGGGCGCCCCUGACGGACAAGCAGUUCAAGACCAUCGUGCUGCACGAGUCCGGGAGCAGAGAUUUCUUUCCAGUGUCUCCGCAGUCGUCGAUGAGCGACUUUCGGUUCCCUGCUGCCGAACACAGGCUCUCGUUCUCGUCUAGCGGUUCGUUUUCGCCCAUCUGAAGCUGGCUUCUAGGGCGCGAUGACUGUGGUGAUCGUCACCUGCUGGCGGACGUCUCACGUGCGCAUAACAUUGGUCGGUCCGGAGUGUCCAGCCAUUGUUAAGGGAACACCAAAGAACAACACUAAGUUAAUCUUUCAAAACUCUAUUUUCGUUCAUUUGGCAGAAAAAUAAUACGUGGACUCUUCGUGUUAUCACCUGAAAGUGAUAUGUAAUUUGAUAGCAUUUUGGGUAUUCUAUUAAUCGAUGAUCUCCCACCAGACACUUAAUUCAGAUGAUUUACCUUGUGCCGUGUUUUAGAGUAACCUUUAUGAGCAACAGUAAGUUUUGAGAACCGUAGUCUGUCACCUACACCGCAGGCGAGAUCGAUGUCGCUUUACACGGACCAGCGAAUAGAUUAUUUCUAGCAGGUGCACAUUGUGACGUUACCUCGCGUUGACGCCCAUCCCUCUCAACCUCUGCCAAUCAGCACGACGAAGCGCUUCGAGUUCUCCUAACGACGCAUGUUCGACGCCCUAGCGACUUCCAAGCAAGCGGCGCAUUGCUCGGGCGGUUCGGGAGCCCUACGUCGCCGCACUGCAUCGGCCUGGUGACGCCGUCUCUCCGCGGCAGCGGCCGCUUCGUCUUCGGACGUGACAGCCUUGUUAUGCAAUCGGUGGCGCGGCCUAGAGAACGAGGGGAGUGAUACCGCGCUGUCACGUGACGCUGACUCAAUCGCCUGCCAGUUUCUCAUCCUAUGACGUAUUUUCCCUCACCCUUUGACCUAUUUCCAUCUUCACUUCCUCGCACCUCACCCUCUUCUAGCUGUUUUCGCUCUUAACUCACAGUGCCAAAGAGAACCCUUGAAUGAUAGCUAUAAUGCUAUGGCAUUGAAUAUUUAGUUGCUAUAGAGGAAAGAAAUAAAGCAAACUACCCUUUCCUUGACUUUCGCGCAGAAACAUCGGCGUUAUUACGUAUGUGUGACGUCACGUAUAUCAAGGUAUAUUUUCGUUUACGUGGGCAAUAUUGAGCAGCGAAAGUUCUAGAAACCAGAGGCAACGUCAACUCUGCCAAACAUUUAUAUAUCCUUUUCUCGCUAAUGAAAGCUCUGCUGUCGGCAGAAGUCGGGGGCGGAACCUUAUAAUGGUUCGGAAAGCGAAUGGUUCAUUUCUCUUAAAUAAAUGGGCCGCAACCAAGCCGGACGUGAAAGAAGGGGAGGAUGCUGCCAAUAGACGGGACCCCUCUGAAGUGCGGGUCAUCAUGUUGCACGCCAGUCGAAGAACUGCACAAUGUUUCUGCUUGCUCAUUAAAUAUAAGAUCUAAAUUGAAUAUCUUGCAAGCUUUAAAUUAUAAACUUGCGGUGCCAGGGCGUUUACGCAAUGCUUGAAGUAAUAUAUUAUUGUCAUUCUUAGCAAGUGCAACAUAAUCGUGAAAUGGCUCCUAGGGUCACCUUUACUAACGGUCUGUAUCAAUUUUCCUUUCUUUUUGGUCUUCGUCAUUGGUUCGGAUAUGACUCGCAUGCCGCUGCGCUUCCGUUAGCACUGCGAUGUGCCUCACGGCGCGUUGCGUGAUAAAAAAAAAUUUACUGACGAUUACGACAAUCCUGAACGCAAAAUUUCAUUUCGCGAUUUAGUGGCUGGCGCAGACAAUCUUCCACGUGCGGCAUGUUGCAAACGGGGCGAAGCGUUUCAAAACAAGUAACUCUCAAGUACAAUGAUAGCGGCGAGCAGAGCUGGCGAUUGUCGAAAAUCUGAUCAGUGGGUCAAGCGCGUCGGCUUUUGUACAUGAUUUGGCGAAGGUUCCAGCUUAAUCGCUGGUGCCCGCGUGGCUUCCAGGAAGUACUACACCGUUCGCUUCACGCAUACAAUCAGAUUACAAAAAAGUUUGGUGACAAUAGCUAGCAGAUAGAACUAUCGAUAACAUUCGAGAAACUUCUGAUAUAUGCAGGCGCGUCGUGCAUCUAGGGAUAACGUUUAACAUUUGUUAGCCGAUGAAAAGCAGUGACCGAAGAAAAAGAACAGACGACGCGCGGUACCGUGGCGCCAUCUCCUAGCGAUCGUCACAGAACGCGUCGCGCGCGGCACCAGGCGGCACUAAGCUUUUCUCUUCAUCCUUGGCUGUUGUGCUCGUUCGCUCGGUUACGCUAGUUACACCGCCGACGCUCGCCGUAGCAAAGGGCCAUUAAGAGCUGCCUCGAAAACAAUCGAGCAUGAACUUGAACAUUACUUAUACGGGCUUUGCAUUGCCUGGGCGAAGUAAUAUAAAGAGCGUGGUGCUGGUGGUGCGCGCUGUACUGUGAAAUUGAGAACGAAAGCGCGGCACUUCCCGAACUAGAGCAAAAAGGGCAGACAAAUGAAAGGUCUCUACACUAUUCGUGUCCUGACUACAGUCUCAUCAGCGGAACAAAGUAAGCGCUGGAGCUGGCUGCCAGGGUUGAACCCUUCUGGUUGUUGAAUGGCGAUCUGCGAGCUACGGACAAUGGCGAUAUCAUGAGGAAUUCGAUCUCACCAUGCAAAUACCUCCUUGUCAUUGGCUUCGACAGCCGGGGUCACGGGAAAACUGAUGCAGCCCUUCUAACGGUCAACACAGCAAUUACGAGUGCAACUUCGUGAACAGUGUCGGCAACAGACAUCUAGGCCAUUCCGAUGAAUGCUUCGCUUCUGCCAUACCUCUGGAAGCUGCAGGCCGGCGGGAAGGAAUCGCAGCGCGCAAUUCCUUCCUCUCCGUGGAGUGGCCGCUGGCACGCUUGUACCCGAGUCUCCUCCACUUCGUAACGUAGCCAGCUUAAUGUCUUCUAGAAAGCUGACAGGGACGGUGCAAAUAAUGCUCCGUCAUCCAUUCGAACGCGAAUGAAUAAAUGAAUUUAUAUUUCUCCUGUUUACAACAGAUAGGAAAAAUCGCACUUCCAGUCGUCGUCGACACUGAAAGAGCAUCGCCAAGCAGACAAGUGAUAGCCUCCGAAGCAACGAACGCACGCGCACGCGACGCCCGCAAGUCCCCGAGUCAGCGCAACCGGCGCACGCUGCCAGGGUCGCAAGCCAGCAGUCGCCACAGCAACCGAACCCAAAGCGAACUACCUCUUCGCCGCUUCCGCUAUUUUUGCUUUGAAGAUGACUGGCGGACGCGUGACGUGUUCAUAAUUUCUGGUGCCGCCCCGCUGUCUCCGACAGCCAGUGACGCAAACACAAUUCUGACCAAUCAUAUGAGGCGGAGGGAACCGUUCGCUUUCCGAACCGUUAUAAGAUUCCGCCCCAGGUCGUGGAUACCGUGUAGUGCCGAAGUGUCACUUCUAUCUUGACUUUGGUGUGUUUUCAGCAUCGCGAACGACGCCGGGGGAAGAAUGAGUGUCUCCUAGUUACCUGUUCGAAAAAAGAUGAGGCGUCUUCUUGUACCUCCCAUCUUGUUUAAUGAACAUGCCCAUUUAGUUUUCUUAUGA